AUGGAGCUGGGCAGCUGCUUCAAGACCUACGAGGACUUCAAGGAGUGCUUCAGCGCCUACAAGAAGGAGACCCGGUGCUCCUUCAUCCUCAGGGACUGCGUCUCGGUCCGCUUCCACAACCUCAACCACGGCACCCGCAUCCGCGAGGACAUCCUAUACGUGCAGGUGAAAUUUGUCUGUAUUCGGAGCCAGUCAAACAGGAAGAGACGAUCCGAGGCGGACAUGUGCCCCGCGUACUUGCUCCUGCAGUACAACGAGAUGCUGGACAGACUGUUCAUCACGGAACUCAACACCCAGCACGUCCACCCCUGCUCCAAAACCCCGUGGCCGCGGGGAGACGACCCCAGCAAAUCGCCAACGCCCUUGUGCCUGCAGAAAGCCCAGCCCGCGCAGCCCCCCGCCAAGAAGGACCUCAACCCGGUGGAGCAGCCCCCCGCCCCGGCCGCCCUCGGCCUCGAGGAGGCCCAGAGCCCCUCCAAGCCGGAGCAGGAGGGCGUCAUCCCCGCCGACCUGGCCAAGAUCGCCAAAGUGAUGAAGAACUUCCUCCAGGGGGACGAGGGCUCCAGGGCUUCCCUCAGCAUCGGCAACAGCCAGGACCUGGACCGGCUCAGCUUCCAGAGCAGCAGGAUGGGCGACCUGUUCUCGCGCUUCCCUGAGAACCUGCUGCUGCACCGGGUGGAGAACACCCCGGGCCACACCCUCUACGCCUUCCUGGUGGAGAACCGGGAGCGCGAGAGCCGCGUGGUGCACUUUGCCGUGCUCCAGGCGGAGACCGCCUCCUCCACGGCCAAGAUGCUGAGCAUCUUCACGGAGUUCAACGCCGACUGGCCCAAGGUCAAGGUGGUCUUCGUGGACCCGUCCUUCCCCCACCGGGCCGCCCUGAAGGAGGUCUUCCCGGCCGCCCGCAUCCUCCUCUCCAUCUACCACACCACCCGCCUCCUGGAGAAGAAGCUGCACCGCAGCUCCGUGGACCUGCACUUCAAGCGGCUGAUGAAGGAGGCGCUCCGGGAGGCCGUGUUCGCCACGUCCGACAUCACCCUGCAGAACCUCCGCCAGAUGUCCAAGGCCGUCCUGGACGAGGAGCUCUUCGGCUUCCUGCAGGCCCACUGGUUCUCCUGCGAGCUGCUAUGGUACAUGCACGUCAGGAAGGGCCUGCACGCGUGCAACACCUACAUGGACAGCCUCGACGUCGUCACCAGCAAGGUGUCGAGCCUCUUCCGAGAACAGCAGUCCCUGACGGACUGCAUCCUCCGCUUCGUGGACUACGUCGACUUCUUCAACACCAAAGGCGUGAAGCACCUGCCCACCGGCCCUCCCAAGCUAAAGAGAUCCCGGCCCGCGGGGGCACCGCCCAAGUCCAAGAAGGCGCUGGGCUCCUGCGGAGGCCGCCCGAACCCCGUGGGAGAGACACCGCCGGAGCCGGAGCCGCCGGGGCCACAGCCCGACCCGCAGGGGCCCCAGCCGGAGCCGCCGGCCCGGCAGCAGCCCUUCCAGCAGGGCAUGCUGGACACCUUGCACGAGAGCGGCUCCGAACUGGCCUAUAAGCUGUGCCGCAACGAGUGGGAGGUGGUGCAGAACUCCACCCACCUGGUGGACCUGGCGGGCCCCUCCGUGGCCGUGCAGCUGCUGGAGGACUCGCAGCAGGUGGGCAGAGACGGCCGGAGCUGCAGCUGCUCCUUCCAGCGGGGCUACCACCUGCCCUGCCGCCACGUCCUGGCCCUGCUGCACACCAGCCAGCAGCCCGUGGGCGAAGCCAUGGUGUGCCGGCGAUGGCAGAAGCGAUACCAACACCUCCUCGGGCCCCAUGGGGAGCUCCGGGCCCCGGUGGUGUCCCCAAACCUGGGCCGGCCCGAGAAGGAGGAGGGCUGCAGUGACGUGAUCCUCGACCUGAGCAGGGAGCUGGCCAACCUGCUCAUGCAGAGCGAGGGCCGGGAGCUGGAGGAGCGAUGCUCCACCCUGCGCAAGAUCCUGGACAUCUGGGCGGACCGCUGCCAGCCGCCCGAGCCCGCGCAGCAGCCAGGGGACUUCAAGGACGUGGGCCGCCUCCCCUUCCUCUGGGGAAAGCAGGAGGAAGGGGAGGGGCUCGGAGCCCUGGUUCACCACUGA